GGUGGGUCCUAUUUGACGCUCCUCAAAUUCGUGAGGCAGUUGCGUGGACUUAGCGGGGACUAGGCUAAGGCGUGAGGCCACUGAGUGGGGACCAGGUCGGGGUCGUGGGGUUGAAGCAUGCCCAUGCCUGGGUCAUCAUGGUCAGUGGAAGGAUGGCCACCCAGCUGCAACACAAGAAAGUUCUGGGGUCAGUGGCAUUCAGGGAUGUGACUGUGGACUUCACCCAGGAGGAAUGGCAGCAGCUGAAGCCUGCACAGAAGGACCUGUACAGGGACGUGAUGAUGGAGGUCUACUGGAACUUGAUCUCCCUGGCCUGCCUGUGCCCCAGUCACCAUGGGCACUGGAAGGAUGGCCACCCAGCAGCCGACCACAAAGACCCUGACGUGGAGACUAGACCUGACACGAAGGAACUGGACCCACAGGAGGACGAUUGGGAAGACAGACCAUCUGUUGUGGUUGUUGCAGAAGGACCCAUGAAGAAUGGUGCCCGGAGUUACCCCUGUGAAGGAGCAGGGACACAGGGUGACUGGGUGGAGUGGCAGCAGGAGAGUCCAGGAACCUGUCUGGGGAAUUUGGACAUAUCCCAAGCAUUAGCCCCUGAAUAUUGUGAGUUUAAGACAUUCGUCCAUCAAAGCCCCACGUGGGCCGCAGUGAUAUCAGAGGGACAUAGGGGAGCGGAGACACACCCAUUCACCGUGUGUGGGAAGGACUCAGGUACUUCAGUCCUCGUUCCUCUCUCCACCCUCAAUGUAGAGAAGAAGCCAUACGAGUGUGGGGAAUGUGGCAAGGCCUUCAGCUACACCUCAUCCCUGAGGAUGCAUCAGCGAAUCCACACUGGGGAGAAGCUCUUGUCAUGCCACACGUGUGGGAAGCAGUUCACCCAGCAGUCAUCCCUUACCGUCCACCAGCGUGUGCACACCGGGGAGAAACCUUACACGUGUGGGGACUGUGGCAAGGCCUUCAUGCUGAAGGUGAACAUCAUCCAGCACCAGAGAACGCAUACCGGGGAGAAACCGUAUGUGUGCGGGGAGUGCGGCAAGGCCUUCAGGCUGAAGGCGCACAUCAUCUUACACCAAAGGACGCACACUGGGGAGAAGCCAUUCACAUGUGGGGACUGUGGCAAGGCCUUCAGACAGAAAGGGAAUCUCAAAGAGCACCAGAGAAUGCACAGUGGGGAGAAGGCAUAUGUCUGUGGGGACUGUGGGAAGUCCUUUAGCCAAAAGACGUACAUCAUCCGGCACCAGAGGACUCACACUGGAGAGAAGCCAUACCUGUGUGGGGACUGCGGCAAGUCCUUCAGCCGAAAGGAAACCCUCAAUGAACACCAGAGGACACACAAUGGAGAGAAGCUAUACACGUGUGAGUAUUGUGGAAAUGCCUUCAUUCAGAAAAGGCUUCUUAUCCAGCACCAGAGGACGCACACUGGCGAGAAGCCUUUCAUGUGUGGCACCUGCGGCAAGGCCUUUAGACAGAAAGGGAACCUCAAACAGCACCAGAGGAUGCACACUAGGGAGAAGCCAUAUGUAUGUGGGGACUGUGGCAAGGCCUUCAGCCGCAAGGAGACCCUCAGUGAACACCAGAGGACACACAAUGGAGAGAAGGCAUACAUGUGUGAGUAUUGUGGAAAGACCUUCCUCCUGAAAAAGCAACUUCUCCGGCACCAGAAGACACACACUGAGGAGAAGCCAUUCAUGUGUGACAACUGCGGCAAGGCCUUCAGACAGAAAGGGAACCUCAUCCUGCACCAGAGGAUGCACACUAGGGAGAAUCCAUACGUGUGUGGGGAUUGUGGCAAGGCCUUCAGUCAGAACGAGUACCUCAUCCUGCACCAGAGGAUGCACACUGAAGAGAAGCCAUACACAUGUAGUCAGUGCGGCAAGGCCUUCAGACAGCACUUCUCCCUCAGGACGCACCAGCGUGUGCACACUGGAGAGAAGCCCUACAAGUGCAGCCAGUGUGGCAAGGCCUUUAGCCAAAAGUCCUCGCUGAGGACACAUUGGCGCGUACACACUGGAGAGAAGCCCUAUAAGUGCAGCCAGUGCAGCAAGGCCUUCAGCAAAAACUGCUCUCUCAGGAAACACAGGCUCGAGCACCAGCAAAUCCACACCAGGGAGAAGCCUUUCUCGUGUACCACAUGUGGUAAGCAGUUCACCCUGCGGUCCUCCCUCACCUCCCACAAGCAACUGCAUACUGGGGAGAAGCCAUACAUGUGCUUGGACUGUGGCAAGGCCUUUACUCGGAAGAGAAGCCUCAUUGUGCAUCAGAGGAUACACACUGGGGAGAAGCCUUAUACGUGCAGGUACUGUGGCAAGGCCUUCACCCGGAACGUGUACCUCAUCAUACACCAGAGGACACACACUGGGGAGAAGCCCUACGUGUGCCAGGACUGUGGCAAGGCCUUCACCCAGCAUAGGAGCCUCAUUGUACAUCAAAGGACACACACUGGGGAGAAUCCGUACACAUGUGGGGAAUGUGGCAAGGCCUUCAGCCAGAAGGCACAUGUCAUGCAGCACCAGAGGACACACACUGGAGAGAAGCCAUACACAUGUGCGGAGUGCGGAAAGGCCUUCAGCCAGAAGGCAAACAUCGUCCGGCACCAGAGGACGCACACCGGGGAGAAGCUUUAUACGUGCAAGGACUGUGGAAUGGCCUUCAGGCUAAACAGAAAACUCAUUGAGCAUCAGAGGACGCAUGCCUGGGUGAAACCCUAUUUCUGUAGGGACUGUGGCAUGGCCUUCAGUCAGAAUGAUUACCUCAUCACCCACCAAAAGACGCACAUCGGGGAGAAGCCUUAUGCAUGCUGGGACUGUGGCAAGGCCUUCAGGCAGAAAAGGAGCCUCAUCGACCACCUGAGGACACACACUGGAGAGAAGCCAUACACAUGUGGGGACUGUGGCAAGGCCUUCAGCCGGCAGGAGUGCCUCAAAGCACACCAGAAGAUACACAGUGAGGAGAAGCUGUAUGCAUGUGGGGAAUGUGGCAAGGCCUUUAAACAUAAAGGGUACCUCACCGUACACCUGAGGACGCACACUGGGGUGAAGCCAUACGUGUGCAGUACCUGUGGCAAGGCCUUCAGCCGGAACAGGAGCCUCGUCAUGCAUCAGAGGAUACACACAGGGGAGAAACCGUACCCUUGUGCGGACUGCGGAAAGGCCUUCCGCCGGAAUGACCACCUCAUCAUGCAUCAGAGGACACACACGGGCAAGGAGCCAUACACUGUGGCCAGUGCAGCAAGGCCUUCAGGCAACACUUCUCACUCAGUAUGCACUGGCGAGUGCACGCCCAGGAAAAGCCCCACACAUGUAGCCAGCGCAGCAAGGCCUUCAGGCUAAACUUCUCACUCAGGGAGCACCUGCACAUCGGGGCAAAGCCUUACAACUGCAGCCAGUGUGGCAAGUUCUUUAGCCUCAGAUUCUGUCUCAGGAAGCACCCGUGUCUGCAUACUGGGGUGUAGCCAUACCAGUGCUCCAUCGGCCAAAAGUAUCAGAGCAGGAUGCACACGUAGCAGAGGAGUGGGAAAUCUCAGAAUCCACACCCAACUGGCAGGUCCUGAGUCCAUGGGUCAGUACUAGACUUGUCAUUGGAAGCCACAAGUAGGGUACGAGAGAAGUCCUACUCAGAUGGGUCAUCAUGGCACUGGGGACAGGCCAUACCAUGCUCACUUUUGCUUCCAUGGCAUCUGCAGGGCCAUGUGGAAAGCAAGCCCCUACAGGUCCUGUAUCUGGGAGUGUGGCCUGGGGCACUGUGUAUUCUCACUGAGCUGGAGAAAACUGACCUAUGAGUUUAGACAAUGCAUUUGGUAUCUCUAGGGCUUCCAUCACUUCAAUAGAAAAGUGGAGAAAUCGGAGUAGAAAGGAAGAGGGGCAGAUAGAUAGUCUCCAUGGGGACAUUGUCACUUUGUCACACAAGACUGGGUCUUAUCCAGAGAUCAGGAUGUCAUCAUCUGUGUGUUUGCUCGUUUUCCCUACACACAGCCCCUAGUUUCCCUGCAACACCAGCUGGAAGGCCCCAAGCUCAUAAGCUGUAGGAGUUACCAGGUGGUUCACAAGGAGAAAAAAAUUUUUUUUCAGGAUUAGGAAGUACCAGUACUUGCUUCAGAUAACAAAGUUUAUCAUAGUGGCCUGCUAAACUUUUUUAAAAUAAAACUUUGAAUUAAGUGAGACCAACAUUAUUUUGAACAGUCAUCAGGUGCCAAAGAUGUGGGGACCAGUUGUUCUGUCCAAAUGAGUGUCAACACUUGGGAGGAGGGAGCACCAAGAGGACACCCAAACCUAAAGAACCCAGCAAGCCUGCCCCAGGGCGCCUGCCCCAGGGCGCCUGCCCCGGGCAGCCCUGGAUUCCUGGCUUGGAAAUGGUCACACCAUGUCUCAUGCCUAUUAUCAGAAGAGUUUUCUUUGGGGUUUGCUGGUCUUCCAUGCUGAUGAAGAAAUAUUAUCAGGAAAUUACAUCUGUCCACAACACACAUAGUCCCCCCAGCAGCAUGGAGGAGCCAUGCUCGGAAGAGUGGCAACAGUGGUAUCACCCAAGGAUCCUUAGCAGGUUGGCUAAGUACAUUCACUCCAUGUGGGUAAGAACUGGUGAGGAAGAACUGAAGAUACCAAUAAUAUAAGAUGCUCUGAGAUAUUGCAUUAAAUGAAAGAACAGUGGA